AGCGAAGUCGUAACAUUUUAGACAUCAAGCGUGAAGAGAGCUCGUCUCGUGCAUAUUAAGCUACUAAGUGGAAGCAAUUCAUUUUUUUCGAGGCUCACUUUCUUUCCUUCUUACGCCCGCGUAGCCGGCAAUAUCACUCCACAUUUAGCGACGUUUUCAGCCAAGCAAAAAUGAAGAAAGAGCAGGCAAAAUCCCGGAAGCUGGAAGAGGAGGAGGCUCUGGUGGAUGGCGAGCUUUCCGUGGGCGAGGAAGACGAUCUGAAUGAAGAGGUCGAGGACGUAGAUACCAGCGACUUCGAAGAUCUUGAGGAGGAAGAGGACCAAGGCUCUGACAGCGAAGAAGAAGAGGAUGAAGAUUCAAAAGAUAAUUCUGCAGCGGAAAUUAUCCUGAGUAAAAACGUACCCACGCCAGAGUUGUAAUGCAAAUCUGCAUGCUGAAAAUGUUUCUCAUGCGGAGCCCCAUGAGAAGCAUUUUCUAGCCGUGUUUUGCAAUUUGUCAUGCUCCAACCAGCAUGGUAUGCUAGAUCUGUGAUGCUGCUGAGCUAGCUCAAACAGCACUACACUACGAAUCCAAAUUUGUCAUGCAAAACAGCCAAAACUUGUGGAUUUGUCUAGCCGAUUUCCCAUCUUGACUAUGGUGUGGGUACGUUUUUACUCAGGAUAGAAAUAAGUAGUGAAAAUCAACAUGCCGACGACCAGGGCGGACGCGAAGAGGAAAGGCCAGCGGGCGACGCCAAGGCAGGAGGGGUACUAUCAGUAGUAAAAGAAGAAAAGCAGGAGCGUCAGGGAGCUGCGACCAGGCAGGGUACGACCUCCAGCAGCAGUUCCAGCGGAGGUGGAGUAAAAAAAGCGACAGGAAGUAAAAACCUCCCCGGAGAAGUUGUAGACGCUGAUCUUACAAAUAAAACGUCUUCCCUCGUCGCAUCAAAAGCAGCAGCUUCGACGAAACAGAAGGGAAAAAAGACGGCAGCAUCAAAAGAUGCGGACAACUACACAACGGCAGCUUCAGAGGGAGGCCCGGAUGAGGAAAACCAGUCUGACGAGGAUGAAAACUCGAGCAUUCCGUCCGACGAGGAUACGGACAAUUUGGAAUACGGGACCGACUCCGACGAUUCCGACGACGAGGCGGAGAAAAACCGCAUUGGCGACGUUCCUUUAUCGUGGUACGAGAACGAAGACCAUAUUGGGUACGGGCUGGACGGCGAGAAGAUUGGGAAGUCCGUGCAAAAAUCCGAGAUCGACCAGUUGCUGAACAAAUUUGACAAUCCGGACGCCUGGCGUACCAUCACGGAUGUGAAAAACCAGGAGGAAAUCCGGCUCACCGACAAGGAUCUGGAAGCCAUCCGCAGAAUCAUGCAGCACAAGUACUUCUACUUGUGAAUUGUGGUCGUCAAAAUUUCGUUUUUUUGGUUGACAUCAAGGUCUUCGCUAUCGUCCUACUUUUUUGAUCAUUCCCAUCGUCUUUUCGUACUGUCAAACUCUUUCGGGGAAAGAUUGAUUUUUCUGCAGUUAGAAGAAAAAACAAAUCACCUCCACACAGGGCUCCCUAUGCUACUACCGACAUGGAGAGUAUGGUAGAAUACGACAACCCCGCAGAGGCGAUUCACCCAACCACCAAUCGGCCGGAGGGCAAGGCGCGGUUCCUGCCGUCAAAGUGGGAGGGCAUGAAAAUCAAGAAGAUCGUCAGACUGAUGAGGGAAGGUAUCAGCUCGUCAUCUCAUUUCUAUAUCUACUUUAUGAAGUUUCAAGAACUUGCUUCAUCUCUAUGCGAUUUGGCUUCAUAGUACAAACUUGCUGCAGUCCGAGACAAAAAGAUUCGCAAUCCGUUCCCCAGGUAAAAUUGGCGCACCCCCUCCACCGAAGCCCGACGUUUUCGAUAUCUGGCGUGAUGACCUGCCCGAGAGAAGAAAGCCUCCCACCGCCUUAGUGGCCCCGAAACUGCCGUAUUUAAUUUCUUUUCACGACAUUUCAAUUUCUCAUGCAGGAUCAUCGGCAUUAUUACAAAGCCUUCUCAAAACAAAAACUUCAAUUUGUGAUGCUACAGCCAGCAUUUUAGACAUUCUGUGCGAUGCGAUAAUAUAAGGACAAUAAAUACGAAAACAGGCUGCCCACGCACGCGGAGAGUUUUAAUCCUCCGGAGGAGUAUCUGAUGACGGAACAGGAGCAAAAAGAAUGGGAAGACCUGGACGAGUCGGAGCGACCCAACAACUUCAUUCCACAGAAAUACGGCCAGUUGCGCAAAGUCCCGGCUUACAAGGUACUUACUGAUCAUGUUGUGAUUUUUGCGUACUACUAGCUACGUAGAUUUCGUUUUGUUGUGCAUUUGCGUAUGACAUGAAGUUCUUUUGUGCGACAAGGACCAGUUGUCAUGUUGAGUUUCAUGAUCACUGGGAACAACUACAAGGCGCUUUUUUUACUCCUCAAAAAACCACGACGUAGAAUAAAUUCACUUUCCAGAAGGUUCAAGUAAUACUUUCUUCGAUUCUUUUCUCUACUCCCAAUCGAAAACAACAGAACUUCAUCGUGGAGCGGUUCCACCGGUGUCUGGACCUCUACCUGGUGCCCCGCGCGCUGAAGAAGCGGAUGAACGUGGCCAAGGAGUCUCUGCUUCCCCAGCUCCCCAGUCCCGCGGACCUGCGGCCCUUCCCGCGCGAAAUCUCGGUCCGGUACGACGCGCACCGAAAGCCGAUCCGGUCCAUAUCCGUAGAUAACUUGGGCCACUACGUGGCGACGGCGGCCGACGACGGGUACUGUUUUGUUUAUGAAGUGGCGACCGGACGGGUCGUCCGCAGAUUGAAACUGGGGUUGUACUGCCAGGCCUGCUGCUUCCACCCGAAGGACCCGAACCUGCUCGCAAUCGCGUCCGAGUCGGAUUUGUACUUUGUGAACUUGGACCUGCACAAGGCGUGGACGGAGAUCACCGAGAAGACGCUGGGCCUCCCGGAAACAGGUGCGGAGGAGGAUUUUGGGAAGGGUGUAGAGCAGGAGGAUGACAUCGAGGAUCUUGUGGAGAAGGACGAAGUAGCACAACUGGAAGCAGAAAUAAACAAUGCCGCAAAUAAUGAGGACGAAGAGGAGCCGACGCGCAUGAAAAAAUCUCUGCUCAAGCAGGUAGUGUGGAAACGGGUGGUGAGCGGUGGUGGACUAAAACAAGGCUCCUCGGCUUCUAGUAGCAGCAGCAGUUUGAUGAACAAAAAUUCGAGCAGCCCUACUGCUGGAUCAGCAGAACUACUACAAAACGCCGCUUCAUCCGACGAAUCUGGAAAAACUACGCAACAAUUUUCUGAAACGCGUUCUUCAAUUUUGCACAAGCGGGGCGUGCGCAUCCACAUCGAGCACGACGGGUGCAUCAAGCAGCUGCAGUGGCACCGGUCCGGCAAUUACCUGUCGGUGACUUCCGUGAACUGCAGCUCCAAGGCAAACCAGUGUCUGAUCCACUCCCUGCCGCAGAAGACCACGGUGAAGCCCUUCGGCAAGAUGAAGUCCGGGAGCGGCGUCAGCAUCCAACAGGCGGUGUUCCACCCAACGAAGCCGCUUUUCUUCGUGGCCACGCAAAGGUCGGUCCGGAUGUUUCAUUUGCAGAAGCACCAGCUGGUGAAGCAACUCAUCACGGGCGCGCGGUGGGUGUCCUCCCUGUCCGUGCACCCCAACGGCGACCACGUCAUCGUGGGCACGCUGGACCGCCGGUUGCUCUGGUUCGAUUUGGAUCUGGGUACAAAGCCCUACAAAACGUUGAAGUACCACGACAAGGGGUUAAGGCAGGUGGCGUUCUACCAGAAAGUGCUGCCCCACUACGCGGACGGGAAUGCCGCGCGACGCGCAAGGGAGGCGGACGAGGACGCUGGGGCUGAUGUUGGUAGCGAUGAGGAAACGAAGCGGUCAAAUCUCAAACCGGCACCGGUCUCCCACUUUCCGCUGAUGUGCACCGCAUCUGACGACGGCAGCGUGCACGUGUUCCACGCGCGGGUAUACAACGACUUCGUCACCAACCCGUUGAUCGUUCCCGUCAAGAAGCUGCAGGGCCACACCAAGGGGGUGAUGGACUGCGUGUGGCACCCCACGCACCCCUGGGUCUUCACGGCCGGGGCGGAUGGACAGGCUUUUCUCUGGGUGUAGAUUUGCUUAGUUAACAGUAACCACGUGAGUUGUGCUUUGUGAAGGUCGUUGUGCCCACGACGUGGUCCUGUGCUGGGUAGUAGUUCUGGACACAUUCAUCGGUCUUCGCAAGGCUCUGACAGCAACACCGAACAUGUAUUAAGUGUACCGACGCUUUGGAACUACAUGACUCUUGUGAGAAAACAAAAUCACGGUCUGGACAAUCGGAAUGCUGGCGAACGGGACAUCAACCUUUGAAACGCCACGCAAUUCUGAGUGUCGCAUGCCGGUGUGAUGAAAAUGCCG